CCUAGGCCAGCCCAAAAUGGCAGCCCUGGAGGAGGAAUUCACGCUGUCUACUGCAGUCUUGGGCGCCGGGCCUGAAGGGUUCCUAGGUGUCGAGCAGAGUGACAAAGCAGACCAGUUCCUAGUGACGGACAGCGGCAGGACCGUCGUGCUCUACAAGGUUUCUGACCAGAAACCCUUGGGCAGCUGGUCGGUGAAACAAGGUCAAAGUAUAACAUGUCCAGCUGUAUGCAACUUUCAGACUGGAGAGUAUAUUAUGGUACAUGACCAUAAGGUCUUGAGAAUAUGGAAUAAUGAAGACGUAAACCUGGAUAAAGUAUUUAAAGCUACA